CACUUUGCUUUGCUUUUAUCUCUACAAUGGCCACACCAGUAUCGCCAUCCCCAGAAGUCCACUUGCGAGGAAUGGACAACCUAUUUCUUCACAUUGAGCUUCCCCCUCGCUUGAUGACCGUCUCCACCCUUUGGACGUUUGAUAAGCCGCUCAGCAUUGUACUCGCCCUCCAACAAUUAGAGAGGAUGGCCGAGUUAUUUCCGAGAUUCCGACAAAUCCCAGUUGAGCGAAACUCCAUUUUUCAUACCGCCCGGUGGCAGUUCGUAGAAAACUGGAGUGUCUCCAAUCACAUCGAGAUGGCCACCCUCGAAGAGCCAACGCAUCAAUGUUUACAAGAAUUCGUUUCUCGAAAAAUUUCAAUUCCGUUCGACCCUGAAAAGCCCUUAUGGCUGUUGUAUAUCAUCAAUGGCCUGCCUAAUGGUGGAUCAGCCUGCUUCUGGAAAGCUCAUCACUGCAUGGCUGACGGACAAGGCUAUGUACGUGCUUUGCUCGCUUGUACAUCGGGUAGCAACGAACUCGAUGAAAUGAUAGAGGAGGCAAAGAAGAAGUACAUUGAAGAUUUCCGACGAGUACCUGACUGCAAAGACGUCCCGAUCCUUCGACAUUUGCCACCACACUACCAGAAGAAAACUCAGCCUUGGGUCAUUCAACUCUUCGCUACCCUGACGCUGAUCUUGACCAUGAUGGUGGGAUAUAUUCUUGUUUUGCUUCGAAAUGCUAAACUAGCAGCGUGUAUGCUCGCCCCAACCCACUGGCGAAGAGAUUUCCUUUAUGAAGGUCCUCAUGUAUUUACCAAAACAAUCGCAUGGUCUGAAGAUGUAUCGAUGGCGGAUAUCGCAGUGGUUAGAAAAGCGUUUUCGGGAACUCUGAAUGAUGUCAUGUGCGCCGUUAUCACUCGUUGCGUCAAAUCUUACUUGGACGAAUGCCCGAAAGGUCGUCAAGAUAAAGAACUAUGGAUGCUUAUACCCAAGUCAUUAAGAGCACCAGAUGAUAGAAGAUUCCAAAAUGUUGUUUCUGGCUCCUUUGUCUACUUCCCCAUGGAAGAUAUGUCAACUAAAUCUCUUGUUCGAUCUAUUCGUCAACAAAUGCAAAUCUUCAAAAUCGACUUCAUACCUUAUUUACUUUAUAUCCUGGGUAGCAUCUUUUUGGUCCUUCCCGCCUUAGUACCGAGCUGGAUUAUCAGUUUCCAAGUGACGAAGAUUCAUGGUGUAUUUACUAAUGUUCCCGGUCCACGAAAGGCAAUCAAGUUUGCUGGUCAAGAAAUCAAGGAUUACCGAGUCAUGCCACCACAGAAUUCAAAGGGUAGUAUCGGUAUGGGUUUGGUCAGCUACAACAAUAAGGUUGCUUUGGCUAUCCUCGGUGACGAGUCCGCUGCUUAUCCCGGCGCUGUCAACGAAGUGUGCCGACGAUUCAAACCUACUUUUGAUCAAAUGUUAGCCGAGGCGCAUCAGGCGUUAGAAGCAAAGUCCAAGAAAUUGCACGAAAACUAAAACCAUUAGAUGUCUUAUGGCGAUUCACGCCAUCCAUCAUUUUGCAUCAAUGGAUUCAUAGACUUAUACCAUAUGAGAUUGAACCCCCUCUUCAUCCUACUAAAUUUUCGUACGUUAAUCAUUGAACCAACAAUAAACCCCUGC